UCUUAGCAACCGUUGUUAUGCAAAAAUGACUAACUUCUACCGCGAGUAAACAGGUCAACAAAGUUGUCAUUUAAUGACGUUUGAAGAAAAAAUCAUUCUGAGUGCAAAGAUUUUAUUUUGCGUUUGGGAUUGCAAAAGGAAACUGACUUAUCUUAACAUUCCUCAAUUUUUUUUUAGAGUCGAUUGAUAUUUGUAAACAAUACUAUCCUAACUUCUCCCAAUUUAAUUCGAGAAGAUUAAUUUAUUAGUCAGAUUGAUUUCUCUUUAUCUUAUUAUAUUUAUUUCUCAACUUUUUACCCUAUUCCUCUUCAUUCCAUUUAUUUUCAACAGAAACCUCAAUUAAUUCAAAGAAAUGAAAUAUUUAACAUAGUAACUAAAAUCCCCUAUAAAUCUUUUUAAUUCACGUUUGCACACAAUUUGUUUUCUUGCAGUAAAUUGAGGAUAAUUGGUUUAGACUUUAGAUAACGCGAUUACUUAAAUUGUUCAAACAUUAGUUGAACAGUAUUUAAAAUUCAUCGAAUGUUAAUGCGAUUUCGUCAAUAAAUGCUCAAUAAAAUCGAAUUAGACUUUUAUUCAAGUUUAGAAUCGCACUUUUUACCAUGUCUUCGCCUGUGAGUAAAGUAAACGAGGAAGAUUUAGAAAAAAUUGCGAUCGCGUUUAAGGACAAUCGCGAAAAAUUAAAUAAAUACGUCGAGUUGUUUAAGGAAUGGAUCAAAAGCGAAAAUCAUUUACCGCAAGAUCUUGAGGUGUGUUUUAUUGAGAAUUUUAUAAGGCUUUGUAAGUACGAUUUUGAAAAGGCUAAAUCGAAAUUUGAAUCUUAUAUAAUAACGAAACAUUCUCUGGAUCAUUUAAAACCGGAGUUUAAAAUCGAAAAGGAGCGUUUUGAGCGGGAUGAUAUUUCUAGAAUUUUUGUAAUCUCUCCGGAUUUAACUCCCGAUUUAAGCAGGAUUUUUUAUUUGUGGGGAACUCGAGAACAAAGCAAUUUCGAUUACAAAUCGAGACAAAAAUACGUUAUUGAUUUGGUUGAAUGGUUUCUUCAUUUGGGAUUAAACGUAGGAACUAGUUUCGUUUUUGUCCUUAAUUUCGAGUGUUUUACUUUUCAAUUGGCGACGAAAUUAGAUUUCGCAGUUGAAAGACGUUUUAUGAACUUAACAGUCAAUUGCCUUCCUGCUAUAAUUAAGCAAAUUCAUUGCAUUAACGUCCCAUCGGCUGCUAAAUCAUUCAUCGUUCUUCUUAAAUCGAUUUGUUCGGAGAAAAUACGAAAUAGGAUUAUUAUUCAUAAUGGUAUCGAUGAUUUAAAGAAAUUUAUUCCCAGUGAUGAUCUUCCGAUUGAAUUAAAUGGAACUUCGGGGAAAAGCGUCGAGGAUUGGGCGAAAAAUUGGGAACAUUUUUAUACACAAAACGGGGAGGUUCAGGAGAAAAUUAAAAAUUUACAUCUUUGCGGGGAAAUUCCGAAAAAUAAGGUUCAUUUGGAUUGUUCGGCUGGGUUCGGUGCGAAUGGAAGUUUUCGCCAGUUGCAAUUAGAUUAAAAGUUACAUAAAAUGAAUCUCUAAUAAAGUCUCAAAUGCUAAUGCCUCACUAGCA